CCCGCGCCCGCGCCCCGCGCCCGCGCCCCGCGCCGCGCCCGCGCCCCGCGCCGCCCGAGAUGGAGACGGCGGAGAAGGAGUGCGGGGCCCUGGGCGGGCUCUUCCAGGCCAUCGUCAACGACAUGAAGAGCUCCUACCCCAUCUGGGAGGAUUUCAACUCCAAGGCCACGAAGCUGCACUCUCAGCUGAGGACCACUGUGCUGGCUGCUGUGGCCUUCCUGGAUGCCUUCCAGAAAGUGGCUGACAUGGCCACCAACACGCGAGGGGCCACGCGGGACAUCGGCUCAGCGCUCACGCGCAUGUGCAUGCGCCACCGCAGCAUCGAGACCAAGCUGCGGCAGUUCACCAACGCCCUGCUGGAGAGCCUCAUCAACCCGCUGCAGGAGCGCAUAGAGGACUGGAAGAAGUCGGCCAACCAGCUGGACAAGGACCACGCGAAAGAGUACAAGCGUGCCCGGCACGAGAUCAAGAAGAAGUCCUCGGACACGCUGAAGCUGCAGAAGAAAGCUCGCAAAGGGAAGGGGGACCUGCAGCCGCAGCUGGACAGUGCCCUGCAGGACGUGAACGACAUGUACCUGCUGCUGGAGGAGACGGAGAAGCAGGCGGUGCGCCGGGCGCUGAUCGAGGAGCGCGGCCGCUUCUGCAGCUUCAUCGCCUUCCUGCAGCCCGUGGUGAACGGCGAGCUGACCAUGCUGGGCGAGAUCACGCACCUGCAGGGCAUCAUCGACGACCUGGUGGUGCUGACCGCAGAACCCCACAAGCUGCCCCCCGCCAGCGAGCAGGUGAUCAAAGACCUGAAGGGCUCGGACUACAGCUGGUCGUACCAGACGCCCCCGCCCUCCCCCAGCAGCUCCAGCUCCCGCAAGGCCAGCACGUGCAGCGCCCCUAGCAGCGGUGGCAGUGCCAAGGGUGGCGGCGCCCCACGGCCCGGGGGUGCCCAGGCCUACUCACCCAGCCCCACCUGUCGCUACCGCAGCCUGGCGCAGCCGGCCAGCGCGUCCGCCCGCCUGUCCAGCGUCUCCUCCCACGACUCGGGCUUCGUCUCCCAGGACCCCGCCUACUCCAAGCCCCCCUCGCCCAUGCCUUCCGACAUCACCAGCCAGCCCCCCUGUUCCUUCCAGCAGACCUUCUCCAAGGAACUGUCCACUGGCCUCCCCUCCCGUACUCCCCACCCCGCCCGGCCCAGAGUUGCUGCCUCCGGGCGGCCAGACGCGUGCCAGCGGCGCCCAAGGCUUACUCCUGGCAGCCUCCGGGGACCAUAUGGGGUGCCAGGGAUCAAACCCAGGUCGACCACGUUCAAGAAGUCUUCCAGCUCUGCGUCCUCAGAGGCCUCGGAGACCUGCCAAUCGGUCAGCGAGUGCAGCUCCCCUACCUCGGACUGGUCCAAGGGGGGGGCGCAUGAGCAGCCGGGCACCACCCUGCCCCGGAGGAAGGACCGCGUGGAGGUCCUCCGGGACACCGAGCCAGGCCCCGCCAUGGGGAGUCCCCUGGGCCCCAGCGGAGAGGAAGCGCCGCGAGCCCGCAUGUCCCCUGCCACCAUUGCCGCCAAGCACGGGGAGGAGGUGUCCCCUGCGGCCAGCGACCUGGCCAUGGUGCUGACCCGCGGCCUGAGCCUGGAGCACCAAAAGAGCAGCCGGGACUCACUGCAGUACUCCAGCGGCUACAGCACGCAGACCACCACGCCCUCCUGCUCCGAGGACACCAUCCCAUCACAAGGCUCCGACUAUGACUGCUACUCGGUGAACGGGGACGCAGACGGCGAGGGCCCCGCCGAGUUCGACAAGUCAUCCACCAUCCCGCGCAACAGCAACAUCGCGCAGAACUACCGCCGCCUGCUGCAGACCAAGCGGCCAGCGUCCACGGCGGGGCUGCCCACGGCCGGGCUGCCCCCCGCCGCCGGCCUGCCCUCGGGCGCGCCCCCGGGCGUGGCCACCAUCCGCCGCACGCCCUCCACCAAGCCCGCCGUGCGCCGCGCGCUCUCCAGCGCCGGCCCCAUCCCCAUCCGGCCGCCCAUCGUGCCCGUCAAGACGCCCACCGUGCCCGACUCGCCCGGCUACGCGGGCCCCACGCGCGCGGGCAGCGAGGAGUGCGUGUUCUACUGCGAGGACGCGGCCGCCGGCGCGCUGGGCCCGGACCUGCCCCGGGCCUCGCCCAAGCGGCUGAGCCUCCCCAACACGGCCUGGGGCAGCCCCGACACGGCCGCCGGCCCGGGCGCCGAGGACGAGGAGCAGCAGCAGCUGGCGGCCAACCGGCACAGCCUGGUGGAGAAGCUGGGGGAGCUGGUGGCGGGCGCCCACGCGCUGGGCGAGGGCGAGUUCCCCUUCCCCAGCGCGCUGGGGACCGCGCCCUCCCAGGAGACGCCCACGCCCCCGCCUGCAGCCGCUGGCGACCCGCCGGCCGAGGACAUGCUGGUGGCCAUCCGGCGCGGCGUGCGGCUCCGCAGGACCGUCACCAACGACAGGUCGGCGCCCCGCAUCUUGUGAUGGCACCCCAAACGCACCCCGGGCCGGCAAGAGGCUCCCUUGCAGAAGCCCCAGGCCGGGGCCAGCGCGGAGAGCGGACUCAGCCAGCCUGAGGGGGUAGGGGGUUUUCUUGACGUCACCCCAGGCAAAGCCACUUUAUUGGAAAGAGGACCCUACCCCACCCCACCCCCAGCUUGAAUUUCAGCUUGCAGACCGGAAGCGACUUCUAACCGGACUGGAAGGACCAGCCCGCGGGGCUGAAUUGCAUCGAGCCUGUUUUCUACUUUUCUUGCCUACUCUGCCCCUCCGGCCUUCUGCAAGGCACGGCAACCCCAGGGGGUCCCCUGAUCCCAGCAGGGGCCCGCACCGGGACUUGAACCCUAAUCGUCCCUCUUCCACCCUCCCCUGCACCCUCCCAAGUCCUGCUCUCCUCCCCCAGGAGACCUGACACAGGUGCCCGGUGAGCCCAGGACGCAGGGACAGGAAGUUGGGGUCAGGUUAAAGCUAGGAAGUAGGGCCAGGGAGGAAAGCCAGGGGGACCACCUCCAGCGGGGAGGACUGGGUCUGGGGCCUGGAUCAUUAGGCCACACAGAUGGCCAUCCUCAUCUGGGCACGUUGGAACUUUAACUCUGGUGGCACUUUGGUGGUGCUCUCACCACUUUUUUUGGGGGGGGAGGGGGUGUGGUGUGGAUCAGGGGACGGGAUGGUUUUAUGAAUAGAAGGAUGCAGUGGAACUGACAGGACGCGGACGGAGUCCGUCCGUGUGAAGACAGGGUGGACAGUACAGGGUGUGUCUGAGUGCCUGAGGGGCCUGGAGGGCCCGUGGCAAGAGUGGGGUCGAGCUGGCUCCCGGAAGCUGGAAGCUGGAGUCGUGGAGAGGCCGGAAGGCCUGAGAAGGCGGGUGGGCUUCGCUGUCGCUCUUCCCAGAGGAGGGACUCCUGCGGCCGCGUUCAAACGCCAGGUCCGCUGUGGGGACCAGGCUGUUGGCGGUCGCUUCCCCUCCGACUCUGAAGUGGGUAAAGGCAUGUGUGCAGGGGGCUCUCGGGGCCAGGGUUCCCAGGCCAGCGGAGUGGCUGUGCCUGGUCGGGGGUCGGUGCCCCCAGCGCCCCGCAGGAGCUGCUGGUAGCUCCUGUGCUGGGAACAGGCAACUGGCCAGUGGGGCCUGGGGGACUGCAGGGGUCUCUGAGUGGACAGAGCCCUCUUGGGCUCCCGAGGAGAGAAGGUUCCUGUAAGUCAGUAGGCCUGGGAAUGGCCGUGCUGGGCGCCUGUGCCCGCUCAGGGUGUCGGCUUGGGCCCCCGGAGAGGGAGCGGGCUCCCGGCGGGAGGGCAGGAGGUGGCUGGCCCCAGGGAGGGCUGAGGACGCUGCAGGAUGGCGAGGUGCAAGGUCAGAACGGCAGGGGUGGGGUGCUGGGGCCGGGUCCCCGUGGGAAGGAGCAGAGUCCCCGGUGGGGGCGCUGUCCGGCCAGAGGUGCCCCCCAUGUUCUGCCACCCCCCACCCCCGUCCCCCUGGGCUGUACAUAACUUCUCCAUCCCCAAGACCACCUGGUAGCUCCCAGCCCCCCAGGAUCCGAGCUGACUAUACCGCAUCAAAACUGGUUGGGGGGUGGGGGGGACUCCUUUACGUUCCUGUUCUUUUUCAUUUUGUACAGAGAAAUAUUCUUUUCAGAAGCGUC